CAAAAUAAAAGUGUCACAUUCAUGAAACUUGCUCCAUUUAUUGGUACCAGUCCUAGAACCAUACCCAGAAAAAUCAACCAGCGCAAUGACGGUCAAGCAGCUGUUAUUGACAGCUACGCUAUGACCGCCAUCUGGAAACACACAUUUGGAAGAAUCCGGGUAUGUACAUGAUUGGAAUAACUUUGCUUUUGUAAAUGUUGCAAAUGUGCAUUUUUCAACAGGAAUGUAAUACUUGUGCAACUACUCUCAGGUUGAUCCAAUGGCACACAGUCAUCGUGGGAAUUGUGAACGAGAACCAUCAUUGGAUGUUGGUGGUAAUGUACCCCCAUGAGAAGAAAACCCUCUUCUUGGAUCCACUUGGAGAAGGGAAAGGCAAAACGAAGGUGUGCCUGCAGUCUACAAGAGCCUUUAUGAGGAUGAAAGGCUGCAAGGUGUCAAGAUGGACAUGCAGCACCCUCCCCCAUAAUCGCCAACAAGACAGCACAUCCUGUGGUGUCCUGGCCUUAAAAUUUGCAGAGAAGAUUUUACUGGGGGAGUCAAUUGAGUUUGAAAGCUCACAGAAGGCAGUGCACGAGCUGAGGCUGGACAUUGCUACUUCUCUCCUCAGAGAAUCUGAUGAUCUAAGCAGGCUUUGCUUUUACUGCGGGAUGGAGGAGCAGGAUGAAGAACAUUGGAUUUGCUGUGACAUUUGUCAGCAGUGGUACCACCACCAAUGUGUACAAAGGCCGCCAGUUGAUCAACCGUACUUGUGCCCUGGAUGCACAUAAUGCCCCGAAGGAACCAUCAUUAACUGUCCACUGUCAUUUCAACCAAUGCAACUAUUGUUUGGCCUGUCAUAAAAUGCACCCCACCCCAAAAGAGGUUUCUAUGAAUCCCACCGUCAAGCAUUUUUCAGGGUAUGGUUCUAGGACUGGUACCAAUAAAUGGAGCAAGUUUCAUGAAUGUGACACUUUUAU